GCGAUGGCACGAGGGUCAGCGUCUGGGACGCCCGACCGUCCGGCUCCAUCCGUGGGGCUGGGCGUCCCCACCACCUGUCCCUGGGUGGGCCGUCGCCCCUCCUCUCCCGCGGGGGCCGGGCCUGGGGUGGCGCCUGGAGGGCGGGGGCGGGCCCAGCUGCGGGGGUGCAGUCACUGGGCCGCGGGCGGCGGGAGGGACGAGGCCGGGGCCCCGGGUGGCACCGGCGGGUGGGCGCCAUGGAGCUGCUCUCGGCGCUGAGCCUGGGCGAGCUGGCGCUCAGCUUCUCGCGGGUGCCGCUCUUCCCGGUCUUCGACCUCAGUUACUUCAUCGUCUCCAUCCUCUACCUCAAGUAUGAGCCAGGAGCGGUCGAGCUGUCCCGGCGCCACCCGAUGGCGUCCUGGCUGUGUGCCAUGCUGCAUUGCUUCGGGAGCUACAUCCUGGCUGACCUGCUCCUCGGGGAGCCGCUGAUCGAUUACUUCAGCAACAACUCCAGCAUCCUGCUGGCCUCAGCUGUCUGGUACUUGAUUUUCUUCUGCCCCCUGGACCUCUUCUACAAGUGUGUCUGCUUCUUGCCUGUGAAACUCAUCUUCGUGGCCAUGAAGGAGGUGGUGCGAGUCCGCAAGAUCGCGGUGGGCAUCCAUCACGCCCAUCACCACUACCACCACGGGUGGUUCGUCAUGAUUGCAACUGGGUGGGUCAAAGGUUCUGGUGUCGCCCUCAUGUCCAACUUUGAGCAGCUGCUCCGAGGGGUCUGGAAGCCAGAGACCAACGAGAUCCUGCAUAUGUCUUUCCCCACCAAGGCCAGCCUGUACGGAGCCAUCCUCUUCACCCUCCAGCAGACCCGCUGGCUCCCAGUGUCCAAAGCCACCCUCAUCUUCAUCUUCACCAUGUUCAUGGUGUCCUGUAAGGUGUUCCUGACGGCCACCCACUCACACAGCUCCCCCUUUGAUGCGCUGGAGGGCUACAUCUGCCCCGUGCUGUUUGGUGCAGCCUGCGGGGGUGAUCAUCACCAUGACAACCACGGUGGACCCCAUGCAGGUGGUGGGCCAGGACCCCAGCAUUCGGCCAUGCCUGCCAAGUCCAAGGAGGAGUUGAGCGAGGGCUCCAGGAAGAAGAAGACCAAGAAGGCAGAUUAGGGGGUGGCCCAAGGAGCACCAGGGAGACAACCCGGACCCAGGACCCUCUGAGGUGGGAAGCUUC